AAUGUCGUAUGAUAAUCAGUAAAGAAAUGUCAAAAUAGUCGAGUUGACCUUCGUACGAUAUGCUCAUAAAUAUUUGGAAAUGAUAUUUUUUGUUUCAAUAUUUUACAUUGUACCACUUUUAUAGUGAUUUAGUUACCAGUGAUGGCUCAGCCAAAUCAAGUGACGCUUGAUAUCGAAGACGAAGUGCCCGCAGAUGUGGCGGCGGCGCUGCGUCAGAAUGCGUUAUACAGAGCCGAGUUACCUGCCAGACCAGUAGCUCCAAACAGAAAUAACCUGGGCCUUGGAGACCGUCUCAACAGUGUGUUCAGGGAAAUCAGACCACUCGUCGAACAUGCUCGAAUGGGAAACAAUGCCAGGCUGUCACUUCCCACAUGGUUGCCCCGGAAUACACCGGCAACCCACCAAGUCAUAGAAGUUGGAGUACAAAGACCUCAAAGUUCCAUCGCUCAUGUGAACUUGGGCCCCAAUGCUCAGACAUACAUAGUGAAUGAACGCACCACACCACCAGCACAGAGGUCACAGUCAACCAGUCAUGGGAUAAGCAACAGUGCAUCAAAUGACUCAAACUUGUCCGAGCAGGAUCAGGAACAUCCCGAGAUCAAUGUGUCAGUGAACCCCGCCAAUAACAACAAUAUUCAUGAUAAUGCUGACAAUGAGAGUCAGAGUGAUGAUGGGACACAGCAGGUAGUGGAUGUGAGAGCGACGCUCAACUUGCUCAUACGCUACGCACCGUUCUAUUUCUUACUCUUCAUAAAAUUCAUGUACGACAGUCGGGAAGGGAUCUUCACUUUUAUCAUCCUGUUCUGUACGUUCACGCACAGCAAUGGUCUUGUCAGGAGGGAGCACGGCAAGCAGAUGAACCGCAGCAUCCUCGCUCUGUUCAGCGAGUUCGUGUUCACCUCAAGUUGUAUAGUGAUCGUGCACUUCCUGUUCGGUCACGGCAAGCUGCUGCCCAACGUGGUGAUGUUCCCCGGCUACACGGAGCUCGACGUGUGGGAGCUGCUGUGGCUGGUCGUGCUGACGGACCUGAUCGUGAAGAUCAUUACCGUCGAUGUCAAGAUACUGGUCACUAUGAUGCCGGCGUUUAUACUGCCGUUCCAGAAACGGGGCAAAGUGUACCUAUUCACGGAAGCUGUAUCUCAGCUGUACCGCUCUCUACUCACGAUCCAGCCGUGGAUCUUCUACUUGAUGCAAUCCUACGAGGGUUCGGAGAAGAUGGUCGGCAUGUUCCUCACGUCGGUGUACGUCAUCGCGAAGGUCAUCGAGGUGCUGGUGCGGCUGCGGCUCUUCAAGAACGCCACCUGGACGCUGCUGCAAAGCGUGAAUUUGGGCACGAAGCCGACUUGCGAGCAGUUGCUAUCGGCCGGCGACUCGUGCCCGAUCUGUCACGACGACUACUCGACGCCAGUGCGGCUGGGCUGCAGCCACAUCUUCUGCGAGCUGUGUAUCUCGGCGUGGCUGGACCGCGAGCACACCUGCCCGCUCUGCCGCGCCAAGGUCGCUGACGAGCCCACCUGGAGGGACGGGUCCACUACGUACGACUUCCAGCUAUAUUAAGUUGUUGAGACACUGGCACUGGGCAAAUUUCUAGGCCGACAAAAUAGUCAACAGGUAUUGGCCAUCAUAGAAGAGUUGAAAUGAAGUAGUUGACGUCUUCGGUCACCGAUGGCCGACACAAGUCUAUUGGCUCAGUAUUCUUCAUGUUAACAAACGAGAAUUAAGGUCAAAUGUUGAUGUUUUAGAGGAUUGUGUGAGCACAAGUUAGUCCAUCGAUUACAGUACGUGCCCGACACGAUUCUAUCAAGUUUAUAAAUCGUCUGUAGGAUGUCUACGGCGGUACCGUGCUUGGUUUCUCCUCAGUGGGUGCUUUGAAUAUCAGUUCAUGAAGAUUCGAAUCGUAUGCUGGUGCGGUGUUCAGUGCAGCCGUACUUAUGUUUGUGUUGACUCUUUCUUUCAUAGUUACGGAGUGUUACCAAAUUAAAGUGAUUUAGUGUCGGUGAAUUAAUGCAUUUUUUUAUCAACGUGCGAGUUUUUUUAAUGUAUUGAAAAUAUCUAUUUCAAAUUCCAUUUUUACUGUCGAUUCUCCUUCAUUGUGUAAGUUUUUAACUUAUUGAAUUCUAAAUUCACGCUUUAUUGUAAAUAUUUUUUGUUGUUUUUGACGUAAUGGUCAAUGUAGAUGGCAUUGAGCUAAAUUUCGAGGAAUAAAGUGUUUUUGGCCUAAAUGUAUGAGAUACUUCUUCAUGAAGAUCUGUUGUGUACAUAGUGUAAGUACAUGUUAAUCAGUAAUGAUGUCACCGAAUUAUUGUUGUUUUUGUUAUUAUAGAAAUGUAAAUACAAAAAAAAAUGUUAUAUUUAAAUAUUAAAUCAUGAUUAUUGUAAUUAUACAUGUUUGUGCAAGGCAUCUUGUUGACUCUCUUUAUGUAAAUAACACGAUCAUAUUUACGUGCAGAUAAAUGCGUCGUCCAUUGAAAGUUAUACAACAUAUAAAAUAACAUAAAGACAAACUAUAUUUAGGUUUAAUUUUCUAAUAAAUGUUUCUCAAAAAACUUGCUUUUAGCCAAUUUAAUGCUUUUAAUGUGUAAGAUAAAUUAAGCCAAAUAACUUAGCUGUUUUAAUACAACAUGACUAUUCCAUAUUGUAAAUAAUAUAAGAUAUGUAAUAAGCGUAAUGUGAUAGUAUAACAGCCGCAAAGCAUGUGCGUAUGAGACGGAAUUUGGGUAAUCUGCUUAAGAAGAAUAUAUUGAAAUAUAUUAACAAAUCGUUAGAAUAAUUCAAAUCAAUUAGUUACUUAUGUAUUUACACAGUUACCGGUCGCUUUCGCGUUCUUGUUUCAAAUUUUAUGUGAAGUGACAAUAUACAUGAUUAUUAAAUGUAUAGAAUACGUAAUUAGGUUAUAAUUUGUUUCACCACUAAAAGUUAAUGGAUAGGGGUGUUAAUGGUUGUCAAAAUAUGUCUUAACACUCUUAAUAGUUCCAAUGAAUAUGUUUUUCUUUUACCCACGGCGUUCGAUUCCCCUCUAAUUUUCAAAACUUACUAUUUUAGACUCCUAGCGACGACCAUCAUACUUACUCGUGGUCGAGGUCGUUACGGUUCCCCGUUGUGUUCGAAGAGCCUUUGUACUCUAUUAUAUACCAAUUCGACAACAAAUUUAUAUAAUAGUGUCCAUCCCUUAGUUAUGUACUUACACACGUAUAAGGCCAAGUACGGCACAAUGUAUGUAUGUGAGUAUUGGUGGAGGUGUACUCGACACCCUAAAAUCCGGAUUUAGGAAAGUAUUUUAACCUUAUUCAAUGAGUGUAGGUGUUAACUGUUUUAUGAAAUUAUACGUCCUAUUACGGCCUAUUUGAAAGCGUAGAAUGUUAAUUCAAGUGGUGAAACAGUCUUCUGUCACGAUGCCUUUGCGUAUAAUACUAAUGUUUAAUGUUCUCAAGUAUUUCUCCGUUUAAAUCGUUUCACAUUUUAAGAAUAUUACACAAAGACAUUCCAUAUAUUGUUAUUGCAUUUUUAAAUAAGUAUGUUGUAAUCAAUUAAAUAUUUAAAUACUAGAUGCGUUACGCGUUGAAUAUAUAGGAAAUCUUAAACAAAAUAUAUUAAAGUCGCCUCUGCAACUUGACUGCGUUUUCUCAAGUUUUCUUUAAAGUUUGCAGUUCAUAAUUAUGAAGUACUGUAUACUUUAUAAACUGAUCUUUUGUCAAAUUGUUGUAGUCUGGUUACUGUAACAUUGUUUUAUUGAGUAAAAUGUACAGAACGAUUUAUUACACAUGUUUAGAAUAUAAAUAAAUUGAAUGUUGUGAAAUACAGACAUUAUAUUAUACUAAAUGUACUCACAAAGUUUCUCUAAUUUAAGUCUGAGUUUAAAACUUUACGUGUAGUAGGAAUGUACAUAUUUAUUUAUAACAGUGUAAGUUUUGUAGUAUUUGUGGUUGACCAAAGUCGAAGUUAAAGACGAUUUCGGUAUUGGCCAGCCACUAACUAAAAAUUUAGCUGUACCCUCAUUUAUGUAAAAAUAUUUAAGCAAUGUCAAAAACUGUAUUUAAAAUGAUGCUAGUAGUGAUUAAAAUAUUGCUUAAAUAGUUUUACGAGGGAUUAAUGUUCAUCUCUGAUGCGAGUGCCUACUUGGAUGUAGGGAAACAUUAUGUUACAGUAGUUGAUCAGUUAAUAAAAUAUUAAACAGA